AUGGGUAGUGUACGUAUGCGUAUAUUCGAAAAGAAUUCAUUUGAAGAAUCUCUAGUGGAAUCGUUAUACACAAAGCCAAUAGUCAUCUCAAACAUUGUUGAAAUGGACUUUAUAGACUUGGAGUACAACCCAGUCAAACGCGAAGAAAGAACAUCAACCUUUUCUACAAAUGCAUCAUUUAAUAAGAAACCACAGAUUUGUACUUCCAUUAAUAAAUCAAUAUUGGAAUUAAAAAGGUCCUCAUUAAAUCAAGACUAUGGUUAUCAACCACCAGCAAUUGUUGUUGAAAAACCACGAACUCCAUCUCCUCGAAAAUUUCUCAACGAAAAAAGAAUAGUGAAUAAGUCCCGGCUUGAACCAGAACCAAUUAAAACAUUUACAAAAGAAUGUAGUGAAAGAAAAACACAAAAAGAGUACCUCAAUGAAAUUGCACAGAAAACAAAGGAUAUAACUAAAGUUGUUCUUGAAUCCACUGAAGAAGAUGUAGACAACAGUAAAGAAAUCUCUUCAGAAGAAAUAGAGGAACUGCUGAUCGACAAACAAAUAUCUUAUUGUAAUGAUAAGGUUAAGUGUAUAGUUGACAAAACAGUGAUGAAUAAUGAAUUUGUCAGUUGUUACCAAAAUGAGCAACUUAAUGAAUUUGUUGGUCAAAGUAAACCAUCUUCAAGAGGAAACUCAUUUACAAUAAAGUCAAAGCGUGCGCACCCCCUCCCCAAUUGGAACAAGCGGACUGAAAUUCUUUUAAACACUGAAUUAAAAAUGAGCGAAAGUGGUGCUGCUCUUCUUAAACCAACAGAAGAAACUAAAGAUAUUGAAGUGCAUACUGAACAAGUAGAAAUGCUAGAAGCAGAGUUUAUACCUAAUAUAAACGAAUUCAAUCCAAGAGAAAGAACUUCUCUCAGAACACCUCUUGAACAAGAGAAAUACACUUUUGAACAUUCCAAACGUGUGAUUUCAUCGCCACUAUCUCCAACUAUUGGAAGUCCGGAAUUGUCCCCACUUAAAAAACACGAAAAGAUUAAGAAGGAUAUGAAAAAAGUCUCUCUGAAAGAAAAGAUGGAGAAAGUUCUUUUAAGAUGUUUAUCUUCAGAGUCUUCUCCUCGAAGAUUAGAGUCGGUGGUAACUUCUUCUAUCUCGCUUCGAAUAAAAUACCCAGACUUUGAGACAGCUCCAAAAGUUGUAAAAAAAACAUUUCAAAUUCCUACAUUACAAGUCGAUUUAACUCCAGCUUUGGAUUUGAUUGAAACUGACGACGAAGUUGUUUUUGAAAACAAUGAUCUCAAAGAAAAGUAUUCCAAGAAAAAAGAGAAGUCACAGAAUAUAUCAAUGGUAAUGGCGUCUUAUGGAGACUGCUUUUACUCUGUCUACUAA